AUGGAAACACACGGCAAUGGAUUGGCCGGCCUUGUAUUUGACAACAGCGGCCAGGGCCCUCUCCGAGUUCCUGGCUUUGUGAACUUCCCCGUCACUGUGGAGCGGACUCCGCGCGAGCGCUUUGCCCAUGGCGUCCUCGACUGGUCCCAACCGCGGCUGCUGGCGUGCGAGGUCGCCAUGCUGCGGCUCAUGAACGCCAUCACCGACAAGCCGGACUGGCACACGCAUGUCUUUGACGAGCGCGUCGUGGCCGAGUGGGCGAGGACCGAGACCACCAUCGGGCCGUGGCCUGAUCAUGACAUUAGCCGCCUGGCCUGGGAGUGGUGUAUUUCCGAGCUGCGGGACAAGGCCCACGCCUUCGCUCAGACCAACUGUGUCACCGCUCUUGACUCGGCUGCUGGCGUCUGCAAGUCCACCAUACCUACUGGCCUGCUAGAGGAGCUUCAAACGCGGGCCGCUCCGCUCCAUGUCGAGGGGAGCAGCAAUGGUGGUAAUGAUGGCGAAGACCUACCCGAUGCCCCCAACUACAACCACCAACAAAGACAAGACAUCGUAGACCCCAGCCUUUUCCCCUUGGUGUAUGGGCGGAGUCUUGUUCUCGCCGACGGAGGCUACACUGGCCACCGCAUGUUUGCCGCGAGCGGCCAAGUGAGCACAGCGCCGGCUCUGCAGCACCACCGCUACCCCAUGCCCCCGCCCUUGAACAGGUCGCUGCGCUUCGCACUUGUUCGCGGAAUUGAGGUCGGAAGUCCCUGGUUUUCGCGCCGGUUUCAGUGGCUACCGUUUGAAGUUAGCUUCGAUGAGGUGAUGAAGACGGCUUCCACAAGCCUCGCCCCUAACGUCGCCAUCGGAUCGUACAUUAACAACCUACACCCGGUAUCCCACAAGUCCCUUUACGAAACCAUUGAGAAGCUCGUAUCCUUAUCCAUCGAGCCUUGGAACCAGGUCCUUGUUCACUGCGGGCCUGGACGCUUGCCGCCGCGCAUUAAAACUUAUGGUGUCCUCUGGUCCCCUCUUACGCCAAAUGAAGUGGAAGACAUUUGCUCACGGGCACGAGGUAACAAGGCACUCCAUGACACUUUCAUUCCGGCAGUCCGGGAAUAUUUGCACCUGGAUCUUUUCUUCAACCGUCCAGAGGUGCUAGCCUAUCUGCCCACAGCCUGGGUCCCACCAUCUCAAACAUUCGGGCCGGACAGCUUACGAUUCCGGCAGGCCUCGAGAUUUGGCUUGAGGCACUGGCUGCUACCCGAGCCAGGAAUCUCUUUUACGUACCAGGAGUGGAAACAAGGCAAGGCCGGUACAGCUAUUGUUCCUAAAAGGGAAACACGCAUCCGAGGUGGCGUCAUGACCCCAGAGCCAGAUCAUGAGCUUUACAACGUCUCCCUCCAAGAUAGCUUUCCGGGGGGGUUCCAGGUGAUUCUGCGCAUGGGAAGCAUAGAACUGACCCGAGGACGCCCACAUGAAGACGAGGACGCCAACAUUCACGACUGGCACCUUGACGGUUUGCUAAACGAGCACAUUGUCGCCACGAGCAUGGUCUACUUUGACAGCGUCAACGUGACUCAGCUGUCAGGCGCCCUGUCCUUCCGCGUCGAGGCCAGCCUCGAUUCAUCCAAGCACCACUACGAGAGUGGGCGCUUCGAUACGCUUGCACAUAUCUACGGCCUCGAUCCUAGGGACCUCGGCCGCAGGCGCGCUGGUGGUGGCAAGGCGCUGCAGGAGCUCGGCACCAUCGCCAUGGCGGACGGCCGCCUCCUCGCCUAUCCCAACGUGCUGCAGCACAAGAUAGAACCGUGUGCACUGCUCGACCCGUCGAGGCCCGGGCGCCGCCGCUUUCUUGCUCUCCAUCUCGUCGACCCCCACUACCGGGUCUGUUCGACGCACAACGUCCCGCCCCAGCAGCACGACUGGUGGGCGGCCGCCGGUCCCGCCAAGAUCGACUGGUCCCGCCACGGCCUGCCCCAGGAAGUGGUCGAUCAGAUCGUCGACCUAGUCGACGAGUGGCCGAUAGGGAUCGGCGAGGCCCACAGCCUCCGGGGCGAGCUACUCGAGGAGCACAUCCUAGCAACCGAGGGCGUGCAGCACGGGGUGGGGCGGUAUAACUUCUAG